GCACUAGUGCUUCCGUGACCGGGGAAACUGAAGGGAAACUAUGCAAGUUUCAAAGUUGACUGUCAAAAUUUUUAGCGGGCCUAUAUAAUCAUCUUGUGCUUUAACCGCUCUGCAGGAACAACUUAUCGAACCUACCAUGGCCGCUUUCGAUAUGGUUGUGGUGGGCUCCGGUGGCGGUCCCGAUGAAUCCAACCUAUCAGCGUAUCUGCUCAAACCUCGCGAGGCUGCUUGGAAUGAUGGUAUCAUCGCACUAGAGGCGGGGUCCGGUCUUGGCGCGCUUAGACAUAUCAUGAAACGCGACCCAAACAUCUUCAGAGAACAUCCAACGGACGCGAAUCCAACAUCCUUCACUCCUCUCACGGUCUAUGCAAAUGUCAAGUGCUUUCUCCUUACACACGCGCACCUCGACCAUAUAAGCAGUCUUGUAAUGACCGCGGGCUCACUUGGCGGUGCCAGAAAGCGUAUUUAUGGCUCAGCUCAAACUCUCAGCGAUCUAGAAACUAUCUUCUCCGGAAGAAUAUGGCCCAAAUUAGCCACAUAUGAUCAGAAUAACCCGUUAUUCCAAUUGGUGUAUCACGCCCUCCAUGCAGAUGACAAAUACGAGGUCAUCUUCCCAAAUAUCUCCGUUCGCCUCAUGACCGUCAGCCACGGAAUGAAUGGCUCUGGUCAGUAUGACGGUGCUUGCUUUUUCAUCCGACAUGACCCUACAAACCGCGAGUUCAUCUUUUUCGGUGAUGUGGAGCCUGACAGCAUCUCUGUCGAGCCAAAGAACAUCGCCGUCUGGCGUGCAGCAGCACCAAAGAUACCGCAUGUCAUAUCUACCAUCUUCAUCGAGUGCUCAUACCAAGCAGGGCGGCCGGACGGGCAACUUUGGGGUCAUCUCAGUCCCGUGCAUUUGGUACAGGAGCUGGUCACGCUAGCAACAGAAGUUGUCAUCGCCCGAAAAGAACGUAAAUCUUGCUCAGGAUCGAGGCCGCGAAAGAAGCAACGAAUGUCACCUGAAGCCCUUCACGGCGCACUUGAAGGUGUCAAAGUUUACAUCAUGCACUGCAAAGAGCAAUUCGCUACAGAACGGCCGAUCAACCACAUUAUCGGUGACCAAUGUCGUGAGCUGCUUGCACCCCACCAAUUAGGGGUCGAACUACUCACUGCGGACCAAGGCAUGAAGAUUGUGAUCUGAACCUUAUCCUCAACGAACUUUUCUUAUUUGUUCAAUUAUUCGUUGAGUUAUUUAUACUUGGAGAAAUCCACCGAUACCAGUCCUCACCGUGUGUAUACUUAACCACUGUAGCCCUAAUUUCCAUUUCCCAGUCGUCCUUUUUACCACCAGUCUGUUUUAUUACCACUCUAACUUAAUUCAUAUUCGUCGACGCACUAUGUACGUUUGAGCCUCUUUCCCAUAUACCACUCUACGUACCGUCUUUAGACUCGCUCACGUACUUGCACGAUCACACGAAUUAUACCGACGAUAACACAGAAAUCACCUGCAAACAGC